CUCAAACUCCAUACUUGCAUCAGCCGCCGACCAUGAUGGCGGCGAUCAUCCCUCCGUUCCGGUUCACGACGGUCGAGCAUCAGCUGUACCGAGGCGCAUACCCGACGCUGCCCAACUUCCGCUUCCUCCGGCGGCUCAGCCUCAAGACGAUCGUGAGCCUUAUCCCAGAGGAGCCGACGACCGACCUCGCCGACUUCUGCGCCCACGAGGGCAUCACGCAGCACACCUUCCGCGUCGAAAAGUACUCGAGCGACUCGGUGACCGUGGCGCCGGCGACGGUCGCAGCCAUCUUGCAACUACUGCUCACGAAGGACAACCUGCCGCUGUAUAUUCACUGCCUCGACGGCGCCAACGUCGUCGGCAUCGUCGUCAUGGUGCUGCGGAAGCUCCAGAAUUGGACCAAGCUCGCGACGCUCCAGGAGUUUUGCCGCUUCACGCGCGACCACAGCAUCGAGAAGGACGAGAGCGAGUACCUCUCGUCGUAUGCGGCCGAGAUCACGCUGCCGCCGUACAGCCAAGUGCCCCGCUGGCUCUGGAACGGCAAGCACCCGACGAUGCUCAUCAACACGCAGUACACGGCGCAGAACCCGAGCCAGUCGUACCUUCCGGUUCUCGAGGGCGAACCCCAUGCAGCCAGCACGGCCAACGCGGCGACGCCCCAGCCCUAUGGCGACCGCAGCGACAGCGUCCUCAGCGGCAGCGUCAUGGACCUCUCGGAGAAGGUCGACGAAGGCUUGCCAGAUGACGCCGACGACAUGGACAUCGACGAGUCGGCGCCAGAGGCUGUCGUCGUGCCUCGGUCCCUUCUCGCGUUGGACUUGGCGGGUCUCUAG